UAUGUCGAUCAUUCACGUCAAUAGUCAGCUAACAUCGAAAUGCGUUUGUUGAAUAUUCAAUGCCCAGUAUAUUCGAUUCUCGGGGAACGAUGACCAUAAGCACUGGAUUCUAUUAGCAAACAGUCACGAGAACAAUGGUGCGUUGUCGAUGCGAUUCCAUCGAUAUACAAGCGGCGAGUCGAUGAUCGAGCCCGAUAAAUGCCGGCCACCUUCCUUUGGCACAUUUCACGGCAAACGUCCGUCCCGGGAUACUAUUCGCAUAUCUAAAUCCGUAGAACGUCCCUGCCCGUACAAUUCCCAGGAUUGUUACCAGUCCGCAGAACCACUUGCCGCUGCGCUUAAAUCGUCAAGAACGCCGUCCCGCACUUAAAUAUCGUACGACUGAUCUGAACAAGAUCUGGCUUGAAGAGAUUCAAAAAAUGCACGCUGAGAGUACGUCCGACAUUGACGAAGAUUUCGUCAAUGCGUUAGCGUUGCUGCAUUCGACUGAGGAGAACAGUACUGAGGAACUUCGUCGAAUGCUGGACGCUUGCAUUGAGAAAAAAUAUGGUCCUGGCAAAACUUUGGCCGCCAGAAUGCCAAAAAGGUUCUUACAAAAUAUCGACAACACAGCUUCUCCGAUGCGAAAUUCAAAGAAACGCAACUACACAUCGCAAGGACACGGCGCGAUGAAAAAUGAAAUCUGGGACGAUUCAGAGACCGUUUCUCUUCUCGAGGCCAACAUCACGGAAAACAAAGCAAACUAUCAAAUGGCUGAUAUAGAAGUAUUCGAGGUGAAUUACGAAUGCUACGACGACGAGGACGUUCCCAGGAUCUCGAUUCCUGACGAAGGAUUCGCCGAUGGGAUUGUGUGCAAGAUUUGUAAUGGCGCGAAACUGGGAGCCCUGAUUUUGUUGGAGUGUCAAGAGUGUCAAGACGCUUACCAUCCUCUCUGUCAUCAACCCCCAGUCAUCGACAUCGAUGUUUACGAUCCUAGAUUCGUGUGGCGGUGCAGACGAUGCGUCAAAACGUCGUCGAUGACUUUGAAAAGAGUGAAAACUAUGAAGAAAAGAUCCGCGGAGGAAGUUCAACGAGAUAGCGAUACGAUUAAAGAGAAAGCAGAUAUUGCAGAAUUGAAAAAGUCCGAAAAAAGAAACGGUAAUUUGUUCGAGAAGAACGGUACGCCAAUAGAUAAUACGAAUAUCGAUCAUUUUUACCCUGGAUUUCAGAACCUGCUUAGUCCAGUGGCAUUAAACACUAUGAACAAACGUUUGAAUCCACCUAGUUUCAGUUCAAUCAAACUUUCGACAUAA